AUGGAUCCUAAUAAUUUUGAUAACAUCAAUAAUGGUUAUUAUAAUUUACAACCGCCAACUGCGCAAAAUAUGCAAAAUAUUCAAAAUAUUCAAAAUACUAACGUAAAUACUAUUCCUAAUUACAACAAUGAUUUUAUGAUGUACAACAAUACUUUUUCAUUACAACACGCAAAUAUGAACAUGUUUUCUAAUAAGAACAAUUCACAAUUCUACCCUACGUCAUAUGCACCUCCGCAGAACGUUGGUCAUUUUGGCCAACAGAUUUCACCAAAUUAUAUAGGAAAUACAUCCGGAAAUUCAUUUGGAAAUACCUCUCUUCCGUUUGUCACUCAAAGGGAAUUUUCCAUUCCUGGGUUUAAAAUUAAAAUCAUCAUUGAACCUAUUUUGCCUAUUUCUAAUCAACAACAUUUGACUAAUAAUAAUCCAUUUUAA